GUCAUUAUCUAUAAAAAAUAAAAACAUUAAAAACCCUGAAGCAGUGAAGCGUAAAGACUAGAAUAUUCACGUAUUAAUGCAAGAAAUAACUAUUGAUUAUAAUAUUCUACUAAUCCAGUCUUCAUAGUAAAGUUUAAAUUAAAUUGUUCUUAUUUUCUUAAGUUUAAAUUAUAUUUUUAAUGAUUAAAGGCGUGUUAAAAAAUCAACCUGCGUUCUCAUCCCCUUCUUUAAAAAAAAAAAAACAUUUGACAACCACUAGGCUAAAGGUACCUAUGGAGUUCUAUUGUUGAUGUUUUAAUUAACUUAUCAGAUAAUAAAAUUAUCAUAAUAARUAUGAACAUGUGCAAUGAUAUUACCAAAAAUGAUGGCAUAGGAGGAGAAAAUAAUGAACAAUACUCGUACUUGCGUUCUGUGGUCAAAAUUGAAUGUGGUCAAAACGAGGGUACGGCAGUUUGUGUUCAUAUGUCUGAWGGUGUCGUCAGACACCUGUUYCUCACCUGUGCUCAUGUUGUAGACCAUAAAAUCCAAUCGGUAAUACUACGUUAUGGUGGUCGUGCAAUUAAAGGUAGAGUUAUAUAUGUUAAUCGUAAGGCUGUACCAUAUGAUAUCGCUGUAAUUAUAACAGAACAAACUAAACAAACUACCGACAUUUUACCUUGUCAGAUAUCAAACAAAACCCCAACUAUAYGUCAAAAAAUAUUUUCAGUCGGAUACUCUUGUCGAGAAUAUGUACCAUCUACAGUUUUUGGUCACAUGCACAAAAUUUUAUAUAGCUUAUUGACGACCACUUGUAAUAUACGUGCAGGGUUCAGUGGCGGUCCAGUAUUUUCAAUUGACAAAAAACUGUUAGGUCUUACUGUUGGAAAAUUAAACAUGGGCAUUAUUCAUUUCGUAUUGCCUUCUACAGUCUUUGUGGAAACUAUUAAUAAAUAUAUCAUUACUAACGACAUUGAAAUACUUAAUGAUUUAGAGUCCAAAUGUCCAUUGAAAACAAUGUUAUGGAACAAUGAAAUCUUAAUGUUCAAAAUAUGUCAUAUUUAAUUUAAAUAGAAGAAUACAAAUUUCUUUAGUUAUUAUUUAUAUAAAUUUUA